GCCCUCUCCCGCGUAGUCUUGCUCUCUCUUUUCAGUCACCAUGCCCGAGGAACCUAGGAAGCGCAAACUCCAGGAUUCCCUUCCAGAGCCCGCCUCUACUCCAGAGCCCUCCUCUACUCCCGUUGAAGCGUCCGGAUCCGCGAGUCAGACUUCGACGUCGAAGAAAUCUAAAUUCACGCACGCCCUACAUUGGCCAGCUUCCGCAUCCUCCCCGAAAAGGCCGGGGUCGUCAGCGACUCGAAGCGAGCCCACUUCGCAGGCUGUGCCCGCGCAAGCCGACUCGCAGCUCGAGCAUCCGAAUAAUCAUUUCUCAACUGGUAGGCUGAAGACCGUCCUAGCCGUCCUCAAGGGCGUGCUGGAGAUCACGCAUGAGGUCGCCGAAGUCUUUAUCCCUCUCAAGGUAGCCGUGGGAGGUCUGCUGGGGAUUCUCGACUGGGUCGAAAAGGUCGCUGACGUGCGUGAAGAAUUCGAGAGCAUCGCAGAGAAGCUGUCUUUCAUGACGAAGAUACUGGAGAAGUACCAGUCUCUGCCACCAAACAUUCAAGUUGAUAUGACGGAGUGCGCCAAAAAGGUCGCGGAUAUGAUCGGUGCCGCCGUCAAAGUCGUAGAGGAGAAACAGAAGCAGAAUAUCAUCAAACGCAUCGCUCUCGCGCCAGCCGAUGCCAAGGAGGUUGAACGGCAGCUCCGUGCUGUCAGCCAUGCCGUGGACCUUUUCCAUAUGCUAGUCAGCGUUCGCCAGAUAGGGGUGUUGGAAGACCUGCGUAUGCUCAAUCAGUCAUCGGAUGCGAAACUGGACAACUGGAUACAGUCAUAUCUCCUGGACAAGCUAUCUCCGAAUGUAUCAGCCCGCCACGAUGCGAUGCACAUCCCCUGUUGUACCAAGGACACCCGCAUCCAGCUCCUCGAAGAGAUCUGUACGUGGGCGGCAGGCAGUGAGGACCAGAAUGUACCACCGAUCUUCUUCCUGAACGGAGUCGCGGGAUCUGGGAAGAGCACGAUCUCGAAGACGUUGUGCGCUUCGUUGCAUCACGCAGGCCGCCUGGGCGCUAGCUUUUUCUGCUCUCGCGGCAAUGUCAAGCAGCGGGAUGUGCGGUCCAUCUUUCCGACACUUGCGUACCUCCUAUCACUGUAUUCGCCCUCAUUCGCGGCUGAGGUUCGCAAGGUGCUGCUUGAGAAUCCGAUCGCUGCCAGCGCGGACAUCGAGGGGCAGUUUCGUGUCCUGAUCGCCAUGCCCGCCAAAGUCGCAUUCACCACGGCAGACGCGGCGCCGGUCAUCGUCAUCGAUGCUAUCGACGAACUGGAGUGGCCUCACGAUGGCCCCACACCGCAACGUCUCUUGGAUAUCAUCGUAGACCACGCGCCUCAGCUGCAUUUCAAGUUCUUUAUAACCAGCCGGCCGGAGGACGGCCUAAGGGAGACGUUUGGGCCGCCCAACCCCAAGUCAGACCCGCGGCGCAAGCAUGUACGGCUACAUGACAUCGCCCGUGACGUCGUCGACGCCGACAUUCUGAGAUAUCUGACAGAAGAACUCAAAGCCGUUCCUGUUCCGACUUCCCUACUUGAAGAUGCUAUUAGCACUCUUGCGAAACAUUCUCAAGGCCUGUUCAUCUACGCGGCCACCGCAGGCAAAUACAUCCAAGCGCGUAAUGUACCACAUCCUCCAACGAAGCGGCUCGAAGACCUGAUUUCCUCACGCGCGAACGCUCGGGCCACUGGUAUCGAUGUGAUGUACGACUACAUCCUCGAGCAGGCUCUACAGGGCUUGCAAGACGACGAAGUAGAGAUAGUUCUGCGGUGCUUGCACGCCGUCGUCUGCGCGCGCAAUCCCCUCUCUGUCCCUGAGUUAGCGCACUUGCUACGUGUCACCCCUGUCGAGGUCCGCUAUGCGCUCGUCGCUUUGCAUUCCGUGAUCAACGUCCCCGAACCUGAGGAGGAACACGGUUUCCUCACGACAUACCAUACUUCCUUCCCCGACUAUCUCACUACGCACAAGCGGUCUGGAUCGAAGCGAUGGGCGGCAGACAUUGGAGCGACUCAUGACGACCUUUUCCUCGGGUGUCUGAAGACCAUGAACUCUGGUCUGUGCUUCAACGUGUCGGGUCGUAGCACAUCAUACGCCAGCAAUCAUGAGGAGCCGCGGAGUCAAGUACUCCCUUCGUAUCUCGUUUACGCGUGUCGAUUCUGGAUUGACCACUUGACCAUGUCGUCCGCCUCGGAGGAACGAGCAACUCAAGAUGUCUCGGCUUUUUUCGGAAACCAGUUCCUGUACUGGCUGGAGGUGCUGAGUGUAUGUGACCAUGCGCGUUUCGCCUCUUCACUGGUCAAGAGGCUGGAAGUCUGGCUCCGGGACAAGAGAAGCGAACAAAAGACGGAAAGCGCGACCGUGUCACGAUGUCUGCGACUUCUACUGGACGCGAACGAGUUCCUCAACUGCUUUUGGACACCGAUUCUCCACAGUGCACCACACAUCUACAUCUCGGCUCUCGCGUUCACGCCUUCGAAGUCGGAGAUCAGCCAAGCAUAUCUCGGUCUGCUCGACCGUCGACUGAAGGUCGAUACUGCGCAACAGCUCACACCGUUACCCCCCCUGAAGAUACAUGACCUCCGGACAUCCGAGUCCAAGCGUGGUCAAUCUCUAGCCUUCUCAGCCGACAGCAGGUGCAUCCUGUCUGCCACAGAUGACGACGUCUGCCGCUGGGAUGCAAGGACAGGGGAGUCAAUUGGCCAGCCGCAGCAGGGACCUGACGUUCCGGAUUCUCGCAUAGCGCUCUCACCGGAUGGAUCUCGCGCUGUGUCCUUUUCCGGGCGAACCGCCCGUGUCUGGAACACUGGAUCGGCGGGCCGCCCCAUGGGGCAGUCGCUCAUGUUACCCGAGGAUUCCGCGAGCGUGGACUUGGUUGUGUUCUCGCCCGAUAGCAAGUGCGUCGCAGCCUGUGUCAGAAUGCCGAAAGAUCACAACGCGGUCAUUCAGGAAUGGGAUGCAGAAAAGGGUGGCCGCAUCGGAACACCGCUCGUACUGGAGGCAACCAAGGGCAAAGGCGACUUUAUAAGGAUUGCAUUCGCACCCAAUGGCAAGCAAGUUGCUGCAAUUCUCUGGCACACUCAGGCUGGCAGUAGCGCGGCCGGCAUCGAUGGGCUGUGGGAUGCAGAGACCGGUACUGUGAUUGCAAAACUCGGUGUUCACAUAGCGUCAGUCAUAUUCUCACCAGACAGCGCAUUCGUUGUGUCCGGGUCCGCAAUCGACGGUGGUCUUCGUGUCUGGGAUGCGAAGACUGGUCGUGCAAUUGGACAGCCGCGGCUCAACGGACACACGGACUUUGUGCGAUCACUCGCAUUCUCGCCGGAUGGCAAGUUCCUCGCGUCCGGGUCGCGUGAUACUACGGUCCGCGUCUGGUCCUUCGAGCAUGGCAUCCUCGCCGGUCAUCGGGUGCUGGGACAUACAGGCCCUGUCAUAUCGGUCGUCUUCUCGCCGGAUGGUCAGAUCCUUGCAUCCACCACGUUCGACGGGACUAUCUGGAUCUGGGAUGUAGCCCAGGCUACUACUAUGGGGGACACGAAUUCAAUUGGCAAGCCGCCCGGGCACACUGGGCCCGUGGUGUCGGUCGCAUUCUCGCCGGACGGCAGACAGCUUGCAUCUGCAUCGCUAGACGGGACUGUUCGUGUGUGGGACGCACAUACGGGUAAUGCAGUCGGAGAGCCGCUGCUGGGACGAGGUCGUCGCUAUGACGUCGACCGAUGGCCGAAGGCCAUCGCAUUCUUCGUGGAUGGCAACGAGAUCAAUCUUGUAUCUUUGUCAGAUCCCUCCGCCGACGAUGACGCUCAUCGUGGCCCUGCAACCGAGGUGUGGGAAAUGAACUCGGAGACGAACAACUCUGGUAGACGGUUACACAAGUGGCCGGGAUACUGGGGAAAGGAUGGCACCGGUGGUGCGCUCUCGCCGGACGGCAAGCGGAUCGCACUUAGGUCGGAGAACAUGGACACCAUUGACAUUCUCGACUGGGCGACGGGCGACCUCAUCGUGACCAUCUCGGACAUGCCGGCUCCAUAUGAGGGAAAUGCCGGAGCCGUUAGCAUACACUUCUCGCUGGAUGGCAGGUUCAUUGCAGCACGCUGCUUCGAUGACACCAUUCGGGUCUGGGAGACAGACACUGGUACCCGUGUUAAGCUGCCGGCGCUCGCGAUAUCCGACACACAGGGCCUUGUCGCGUUGUCGCCCGAUGGCAAGCUUCUUGCCUAUGAUGCAAGUUCAAGUUUUCGCAUUAUGAAUCUCCAGACUGGGAGCGAGCACUCGUUCACGGUACCGAAACAUUCGGCGACAUCACUCGCGUUCUCGCCCGACGGAAAGUACGUCGCGGCCUCAUUCACUGACCAGACGGUUCGCGUCUGGGAUGCUCAGACGGGUAGAUCAGUCCUACCACCUCUUAGAGGACAAACGCAUAACGCGUCGUCAGUCGCAUUCUCGCCAGACUCUCGGCGCAUCGCAACCGGUUCAGAAGAUCCAGAGGACAACAGUCACAACACUGUCCGUAUCUGGGAUGUGACCGUUGGGGCAUCGCAUGGACCCCAGAUCGUGACGGGAUCCGAUUCGCCCCUCGUCGAUCUCUGGGAGUCGCAUGGUGCGGAAUUCAACAUGACCGAAGACGGAUGGAUCAUCGGCCCUCAGAAAGAGCUCUUCCUUUGGGUUCCUCCGGAAUAUCGCGCUGGCUUGUAUUGGCCUCGCAUGGUGGCAGUCAUGGGCGUGCAUCCCGUUCGUCUCGACUUCAGCCGCUUCGCACAUGGCUCGACAUGGACAGAGUGUUGGCGCUCGCCGUAA